AUGCAGUCCCCCAGCUCCCCUUCCCUUUCUACUUCAUCCACCACAUCCCCAGCAUCACUAUCAACAUCCACGACAACACCUGCGCCCCUAUCACCCGCACUAGCAUCCACAUCCACAUCCACAUCCCCAGCAUCAGUACCAGCAUCAGUACCAGCAUCAGUACCAGCAUCAGUACCAGCAUCAGUACCAGGAUCAACACCAGCAUCAACACCAGCAUCAGCAGCUGCAGCUGCAGCAACCACAAAGAAUGGCCUCUAUCAAUCAUAUCACUCGCAGAUCGAGAACCUCAAGCGCCUCCCCAUCCCCUACAGUGACAUCUACCAUGCAUUAUCUGCACAUGAGACCAUCCCUCUGAGAAACCUCCACGAACGGUUCUGCAGCGCCGCAGCAAACCUGACCACCUGGCUCGAGACUUCAGAGAUGGCCGUCUUUGCCCUCGAGUUGGACGUUGGUCAAGAAGGCGCCACCGAUAAGGGUGAUGUCGGCCAGAUGGAUGUUAUCAUGAACCGGUUCCAACCCAACAUUGAGAUGCUGGUUGAGCUCCAAGAGAGGAUCGAGUCCCGCGUCAAGGCCGCUUCGACUGUCGAGCUCCAAGACAUCUCCCCCCAGCAGAUCGAGCAAGAUUUGCAGCAAACAACACAGAACAUCAAGUCGAGCUGGGCCUCUCUCAAGCAGAUGCUCGAGAAAGUCAAGGGUGAUCUCGCAGGCGCAAGACUCCGGGCUGAGCUCAUGACUCAAAUGGACAAUGUACUCACGGACAUUGGAGACAUCUGCACCAGCAUUGAUGCGUACAACAACGAGCGCAGCGCCAUGACCUCAGACGAAGAAGGUUUCCUCCCAAGCAAGGUCGGUCACAGCCAAGCUGACGCCCAGGCCAAGCAGCGCAGCUUGGAUACCCUCGCCCAGGUCGACUCCCGCAUCGAGAUCUUGAUUGCCCGGGUCGACUUUUUGGAUAACCGCGUCGGAUCCCUCCCAACAGAUGAAGCCGGUCUGGGCAACGAGUCCAAGGAUGCCCUCCAGAACCGGUAUCAACAGGUCCUUUGCCGCUGGGACGACCUCAAGUUCCGUCGCGAGCGUGUCAGCGAGGAACUGAAAGAGGACAAGUGGCUCGAAGUCUUUGAGCAGGUAGCGGAGCAAGUCGAGUCGAUGAUGGAGUCGAUGGAGAGGGCCAUCAUUCACUGCCAGGGACUCUUGGACCAGAUCAAGGGCAUGGUACGCCAGAAGGUUGUCCCUGACGCUCCCAUCGACCGCGAACAUCUUUACAGUAUCUUCAAGUCAUUCGAGGCCAAGCAAAAGUACUACGCCCCAGCCGUCAACAAGAUGCUUGACAUGUUGGAGAGCGGUAUCGAGAGCCGCACCUCGCGCAACAUGGAUGUCAUCUCUCGUCACCAGUCCAUGAACCUCAAGUGGGACCAGCUCCAAGAUGGCCUCGAGAGAGUCGAUAUGGAGUUGGAUGAUGUCGAGAGACUCCUCGAUAUCCUCGACGACUCUAGGACCCCUUACCUCCCCAAGCUCCCUCUCAAGAAGGCCGAAACGCCAACUCCCGCAAACAAGCGUACUCCUGCCACUGGUGCCAACAAGCCCGGUGCCUGGAAGUCACCAAAUGCUCAGCCAACGACGAUGCAGCAGAGGCAACAGCAGGCGCAACAGCAAAAGUUGAGUGCACAAAGGCUUCAGCAACAGCAACAGCAGCAGCAGCAGAAUGCCCAGCGUGGAAGACGUCCACCACCCUCGAAAUCGAUGCGGUCGCCCUCGCCUUCGCCAGGUCGUUCCCGAACUCGCUCCCCCAUGGGUGGCUAUUCCCACCGCCCUUGGUCGCCUGCCAACUCCAACAGUGCCUUGUCCCAGUCCGGUCUCUUGUCGCCCAAUGGAUUGAACAGCUACCGCUCUCUGAGUCCCAGCCCCUCGAGAUCCCCUUCUAGGUAUCGCUCUCGUCCAUGGUGCCCAUCGGUCUCAGUGACGUCGCCUGGCAUCCCAGGUCUCCCGCAGUCCCUCUCUGCGGCAGCGACGUACCUUCCUCGUCCUGUCUCGAGCGUUGGCCAGAACCGCGGCGAGUCGCCAGUUCCACCAGGUCGUGCUGGAUCGAGGAGUGCAGCCAGCACUCCUUCGAUGUUAAAGGCCCCUAACCAGUUCAAGCCUGUGUUCUCGCCUGCUGGCAGCAUCAGCAAGCUUUCGACCGGCAUUCACUCGACGCUCGCAUCGCCUGCACCUUCAACAACGAAUGGUGCCCGCAAGACCCAGUUGCCCAUGCCCUCUUCAAGGCCACCAAGCCAGCAGCGAUCCACCAUGAGCCCAUCUCCUCAGCUCCAACGGCCACAGUCUCGCGGCUAUGGCCGUGACGCACCCUCGCCUGUCCAAAACAACUACGCGGCAGGCUCAACAGCCUCCAACAGGUUGUCGACAUCUAGUGCGUCGUCCCUUUCGAGCCGUCAGAGGCAGUUCAGCUCCAACACCAACGGUCAGGCCUACCAUGGCUACGGCCAGGAGGGUCGUUCUUCAGGAACGGCUCAUCUGACAUCUCGUCAGAACCAGCACAGUUACUACGAGGAUAGCACGUACAGCUCGCGCCCAAGCUCAGUUUCCGGAUCGACAUCAAGUCUUGGACGUGAUCCCUACAACCACUACCAGUCGUAUGGGGAGCCUACCAGCCCUUCAGCCUCGUCGAAUUCUUCGGUCACGUCGGCGUCGCGCUAUCACCAGCAACAUUAUGGCCGUGACCAACAUGCUCUCCCCGAGCUUAUGGACAAGAUGAAGGUCAACGAUGUCAAGCCCUAUGUCGCUGCCCGGGGUGACGAACUGGAUGAAGAGUUUGCGCGUGUCCUGAACGCCAACCCCAUUCAGAUGCAGGUUCACCGUCUCGGUGAGGGCAAGUACUACUUUGGCGGUCGCAUCGAGGAUCAGAACCUUGUUGGCGGAAAGCUCUACCUCUGCCGAUUGAUGGAGUACGGUCGCGUCGGCGCCGGCGAGGAGGACUCUGGUGUGUCGAGCGGAGGCAGCCACAGUGGCACGGAUGAUGGCCUUCACUCUACCAAUGGCCGCCAGUCGAACCGUCGCAACCCCUCGGGUCUGGCGACCAUUUAUUCUGCAGGAAGCCUUGCAAGUCUGCAGGCUGAGGAGAACACCCGUCGCGAUAGCAAGAAGCGCCCUAGGAAGGUCCUUGUCCGUGUUGGUGGUGGUUGGCAGGACUUGGAUAUCUUCCUGUUGGACCAUUGCUAA